AGCUCGCGGCGAACCAGCGGGGAUACAUCCUCUCUGAAGACCGGAAUUGGAGAGGCUCCGGACCCGCCGCCUGGUCGCAUCUGAUUUCCUGCGCCGAUCGCCGCCGGGACUCCCUCCGAGAAAGGUUAGUUUGCCACUCGCUCCGGGUUAAAUUUACAGGGUGUGCAGACAGCAAAGAUUAGGACUACAGAAGGUGCGCCACUUUAAAAAGUUCUUAAAAAUGCAAUUGUACUUGGCGUUUUCAUGGAUCCACACGGGCAACGUGUGCAUUUGAAGACGAGUAGUUCUGCGUUGGUUACACGGGAGCCCUGCUGGUGGUGAUGGGAACAUCCCGCAUCUUCUUUGGGGGUGAUGAUGACACACGGAUCGAGUUACCCAAACUCGAAAUGCAGCCGCAGGUGUGCCGUGUAGCAGCUAAAGGCACCUCUCCGGAGCCAGUGAGGGAUGCCAGCUCCGCUCAGCUGGGAAAGGGCGGCAGAGGCAGCUGACGUCACGCCGGGCGGGGCUCGAGUCUCUAUAAAAUCGGUGGGACGCCAGCCGCUGCAGCGGCGGCCAAGCAGCGCCUCGCCAUGAGCAGCCCCAACUCCUCCCAGCUCCACGCCGCCGCGGGGUGCAGCUCCGGCCAGAUGUUCCUGCAGCCCGUCUGGGACCGCCUGCGGAGGGAGGCCCUCACGCAGUCGCCCUUCUUCCCGGUCAUCUUCGCCAUCACCACCUAUGUGAGCUUCUGCCUGCCCUUCGUGGUGCUGGACCUCCUGUGCCCCUGGGUGCCCGCGCUGCGGCGCUGCAAGAUCCAGCCCGACAGCGCGCCCUCGGCGCGGCAGCUGCUGUCCUGCCUGCGGCAGACGCUCUACCAGCACCUGGUGUUCGUGUUCCCGCUGACGCUGCUGCACUGGGCCCGCAGCCCGGCCCUCCUGCCCCCCGAGGCCCCCGCGCUGCCCCAGCUGCUGGGCCACGUCGUGCUGUGCCUGCUGCUCUUCGACGCCGAGUUCUUCGCGUGGCACGUGCUGCACCACCGGGUGCCCUGGCUGUACCGGACCUUCCACAAGGUGCACCACCAGAACGCGCCCUCGUUCGCGCUGGCCACGCAGUACGUGAGCGCCUGGGAGCUGUUCUCCCUGGGCUUCUUCGACGUGGUGAACGUCUGGCUGCUCCAGUGCCACCCGCUCACCGUCCUGGUCUUCCACACGCUCAACAUCUGGCUGUCGGUGGAGGACCACUCCGGCUACGACUUCCCCUGGUCCACGCACAGGCUGGUCCCCUUCGGCUGGUACGGCGGCGUGGUGCACCACGACCUGCAUCACUCUCACUUCAACUACAACUUCGCCCCGUACUUCACACACUGGGACAGACUCUGGGGGACUCUGCGGCCCCCUCGCGCCAGGUAGCCCGCACCCCUCCCGCGUGGGGGUGGCUGCGGAGGGCAGGGGCUGCCCCUGGGAACCAGGACUGUUGGCGCGUUUUCACACUUGAAUCAGAAGAAACACGCCUGAGCUCUUUUAUUUUUAUAUUUUAGUAAGUAAUUUAUUACCUGCUGGAAAUUUCUAGAGACAAUCUGAUGUGGGUUUUUUUGCAAUCUGAUGAAGUAAUUUAUAUCAAUUUUUGUAUAUCAAUAAUUGUAUACUGGGUGUUGAAUUCUAGCUCACUUCAGUAGCCUUGAUUCCUGGAUCGAUUUAGACAAUUAUCACUGGCAUAUUUAAAUCAUUUCUAAAUGGAUUUGUUUGUAGGACAAAGAAUUUCCUAUGUUUGAAAGUGUUCUAGAAUGAGACUAAAAAUCAUAUUUUUUAAAAUGCAGAAUCUGAUGUCUGAUGCUAUAAACAAUGCAACAUGUUCCUGCUGGACAGUAACUAAGAUGAUCAUACUUUUUUUCUAUUUUUGUUCACAGAAUUUUAUAUUUAUAUGGAAAGAAAUGUUAUUUAUGCUUAAAAAAAAUAUAUGAACCAAAUAAG